UCCAUAUCGCAGUUCGCAAUUGCCAAAGUUCCGCACUUAAUCCGAAACCCAAAUUAACUCCAAACAUGAAGUUCAUUGUGCUCGCCGCUGUUGCCUGCCUCUUGGCCACAUCCGUUGCCGGCGCUGACAAGGAGGAGAAGAUGCUGGGCUCUGCUUAUGGGGGUGGCUAUGGCCAGCCUGCCGCUGCACCCGCUCCCCAGGGCUACGGCGCACCAGCUGUUCCAGCUGCACCAUCCUAUUCAGCUAACGCGGCUCCAGCCCAGGCAGCACCCGUCUCCAUUCCCGCACCGCCGUGCCCCAAGAACUAUCUGUUCAGCUGCCAGCCCAACCUAGCUCCAGUUCCAUGCAGCGCUCCAGCUCCAAGCUAUGGAUCAGCUGGGGCCUACACCCAAUACGCCCCUAUCUACGCGCCACGCCCCCUACGUUGGUAAAUCCCACACGCCUUCGGCGAUACAUCUGAUUCGACAAUUUCGAAAGCAAGACAAUAAACCACGAUUUCAAAACUGAAAA